AUGAACCACGAGAAGAAGUUGCGUUUAUUCCUCCAUUUGUUGAAGCUGGGCUACAAAGAGAUCGAGGUCGGCUUCCCUGCUGCAAGCCAAACGGACUUUGACUUCAUUCGCUACAUCAUUGACGAGGGUUUGAUUCCGGACGACGUGUGGAUUCAGGUUCUCACGCAGUGCCGUGAGCCUCUGAUCCUGCGGACCAUCGAAGGUGUGAAAGGCGCCAAGAACGUCGUGAUUCACGUCUACAACUCAACCUCUGAAUUGCAGCGGCGAGUUGUGUUCAAAAAGGGCCGGCAGGACAUCAAGCAGCUGGCUCUGGAAAGCGUUGGCCUUGUAAGGAAGCUGGUGGAUGAGCGCAUGGCAGGAAUGAACGUCCGGCUCGAGUACUCUCCCGAAAGCUUCACCGGCACAGAGCUCGAUUUUGCGCUCGAUGUCUCCAACGCCGUGAUUGAUGUGUGGAAGCCAACACCUAGCGAGCAGCUGAUCCUGAACUUGCCGGGGACAGUGGAGAUGUGCACUCCGAAUGUGUACGCAGAUCAAAUUGAAUGGAUGUGUGCCCACAUCAACAAUCGGGACUGCGUGUGCAUCAGCGUGCAUCCGCACAACGAUCGUGGCACCGGAAUCGCAGCAGCGGAGCUGGCCCUGAUGGCAGGAGCUGACCGUGUUGAGGGUUGCCUCUUCGGAAACGGAGAACGCACGGGCAACGUGUGCUUGGUCACCCUCGCCCUGAACAUGUUCACUCAAGGCAUUGACCCAGAGGUGAGCUAUGUGGAGCUAGAGGAGACCAUCAAUGUGGCCGAGCACUGCACAGAGCUGAAGGUUCCAGAGCGGUACCCGUGGGCUGGAAGCCUUGUUUACACAGCAUUUUCUGGAUCUCACCAGGAUGCCAUCAAGAAAGGCUUGGAGGCCAACAAGAAGCAGAAUGUGUGGGAAGUUCCUUAUCUGCCCAUCGAUCCGCAGGACAUAGGUCGUCAUUACGAAGCCAUCAUCCGGGUGAACAGCCAGAGUGGAAAGGGUGGUAUCGCCUACAUCCUGGAGCAGGAGUAUGGCAUUGCCUUGCCCAAGGUAGGCUGUGCAGCAGAGUGGUACGAGCGGGUGAGGGAACUGCUGAACCCUCAAGACAGCGGGGCCUCAAAUCAAGGUGCAGAUGGUGUCCCGUAUGACAGACACGAGAGCACCGUCGUUGGCCCCUCUUUCCUUCAGGACGUGGCCAAACCUAAUCAGCUCGAUGUCGAAGGCCGAGUGAUUGAGCGGACAGUUGCUAGCGAAGUGAGCCGUUCUGCCUUGCCAGCCCCGGCUCUCCCCUGGGAGAAGGGCGUCUUCAGGGCUAUCUUUGGUUCGGAGGACCCCUCAAAUCCUUUCGAUAACCUCAUCGUCAGAAUGCCGGGGCCUUUACUGCCAGCCCACAGCCCUGCUGCAGCUGUGGAUGAGCCGAGACCUCCGGUUCCGACCCUGGACGUUGCAAGCCAGGCCUUCGGUUCUUUUCAGGAUGUACACCCGUCACGCGAGCGUGACCAGAUGAUGGACAAGGCCGUUUGCAAGCUGGUGUUCAUCGUUAGUUGUGUUGAAAAGAGUCGACUUUCCACUGAGUUGUGCAAUGCCUUAGAAAGUGGAGCCCCCCAGGGGCAGUUGCAGGAAACCAUAGCGGCGUGUGUUGGGCUGCGCAGUCCUCACACUGUGCUGAAGCGAGCCAAUGCCAUUCUGUCGUUCUUGAGGUGGGCUGACAAAGAGGAAACCUUGACGCCCCUAUCGGAGGGCGUGGUUUGGGAUUUCUUCAGUUGGCUGAAGCGAGAGGAAGCUCCCCCGUCGCGUGCUGCAUUCAGAUUUGUCAACUUCGUGCUUGGUGUCAACAUGCAAGAUAUUUUAUGCAGCCGAAGGGUGUGUGGUUUGAGCGUUCAGCUGGGUAUCAAGAAGACACCUGCGUCGCGUGCAAGGCCGUUAACCGUGCAUGAGGUUAAGUACUUACACACAGUCUUGGAGGAUCCAAAGGAGAGCGACUGGAACAGGGCCAUAUCAGGAUACCUACUGUUGGCAUUGUACGCGAGAGCUCGUCACAGUGACUUGUUCCAGGUGGAGGAGAUCGUACCCGACUUUGACUCUGAGGGCGGCGGCUACCUGGAGGAAUCCUUGAGGGCCGUCAAGGCAAUUGAGCCAAUGCUCAAAGCCAUAGCUGAUAGAGACCGCGCAGCCGUGGACACCGUGGCCCCGACAGCCAAGGUGGAAGUCAUUGAGGAUUCAGACGAGGAGCUUCGUGAGGGAGCGUCCGAGGUCCCGAGGGUCUUGUUUGAAGCUUGGGACCAAGAGUCCUGCUUGGCGAAUGUCAAGACUCAUGCACUGCACGAGAGGAGCAUAUGCGUUAUAGCCGCUGCCGGGUGCUAUUUGCCGGAAAGUGCAAACGCCAUUUUGGCAAGAGGCGAAGUGCCAUGCGAGCGAAGGGCUCACAGGUUGCUGAUUGAGCAAGGACUUCUGAUCGUAUGCGCACACCCGCUGCAACAGACCGAAAAGGGGCCUCGCUUGCGCGAUGUCGUCGCUCAUUGUUGGGCCACUCUGGAGGGGCUUGGCCUCACCUCGAUAGGCAAAGCGGCCUACACUAUCACAUCGCCGGGUGCUUGUUUGAAGCGCCUCAUAUUUGAAGCGCAAACCUUGGUGGUGGCGGAUUUGAGGGACCAAGUCUCAGGCUCCGCGGGGACUGCGCCCCGGAAAGUUCCUGAGGCCGAGCGAGAUCGUCGCCUGAAUGAUCUGAGGUUGGCGUUGCCAGGCAUCACUUUGGAUGGUGUGAAUCUCCCGAGCAACUCGUUGCUUGAUGCCUGCUGCCAGCAGGAGCGUGAUAAUGUCCUUAAGUACAUUCCUUUCGAGAAAGCCACCAGCAGGACUCACGAGCUCACCAAUCCCAAGCCUUCUCAUCAAGCCCUUCAGGUCGAGGCAUCCAAGAUCGUCUUAAAGCAUGCUGGCGAGGAGGUCGAGUAUCAGCCCGUCAACGCCCUCCAAACGAUGGAGGCCUUCCGUCGCAGGAGGUUGGCAAUGGUCUUUGCACAGAUGGUUUCUUAUGCGAGCUACGAUCGCUACAUCAAUCGCUUGUUUAAUCAUUUGUCGAGAGACCCCCCUCCGGGCCUUAACAGGAUAGGGGUUGCUCAGUUGGUGAACGCCGACAAACAUGUCUUCUCACUCUUGGUUGAGUGGGGCAUCAAACCUCGGCGCGACCCAGCGGGAAACUAUCCGCUUGAUGCCGGACUGCAGCGAGCAUUGGAGAGCUAUGAGGUCAGUGUGUGGUUGAUGCAUCAGGUCCCAGGCAAAGGCAAUCCCAAAGGCGGCCCGCGCAAGCGUCAUCAGAAGCUCAAUGGUCAGGAACCUCCAACAAAGACUCACAAGGGCAAAGAUGGCAAAGGCAACGGCAAGGGGCGGAAGGGCACUCCGCCCUUGCCGAAGGAGCUCAUCGAUCUCAAAGGUCAUGCACUGACUGCUGCUGCCCUCACCAGCAUGUCUGUGCUCGCUGCUUUGGCGGCCAUCCCAUACGUCAGUGCACAGCCGCCUCCUGAGGGCAACCGCAUUUGGCCGAUGGUGGUUUGUGGUUGGAAGGUCCAGGAUCUCUUGAUUCAAGCCGAAUUUAAGCUGCCUGCGUUAUCCACCGGUGAGGUCAUCACAACAUCCCGACGGCCUCUUGCACUUGUCAGGAACUCCCUUUUUGGGCCACGAGCUUCUGGUCAGAAGCUGCACCUACUUGCCCAUUCCAUGUUGAUUUUCAACAUUGUCCCGCCUGUGCCCAGCAUCACCUGCCUUGGGGCCGCGAUCCCACCACAGGCCGAGCCUGCUAUUUCAGCCAUUCGAGAUCUUGAAUAUCCAGACUUGGACGUGGUAGACGAGAUGCUUGGUGGAGUCAAGCUGACAGGCCAGACUCCUUGCACGAAUGUCUUCCCAGCAGCCUUUAAACCAGCGAAGCAUACGGUCGCUGAUCUUGAAGCCAACGCCCAGUCGGAGCAAAGAAGGAUUCUGGAGUCAAUCAAAUCACAAGGCCACUUAGACGUACCCCUUGAAGAGAAGGUCGACGAGGAGGUGGAACUCGGCUGGUUAUCCCAACCGGUCAACUUGGAGGAUGUUCCGUGUACUGCAUCCAUCAGCCGCAGAUUCGCCAUUGAACAGGGCGACAAGAUUAGGUUAAUAGAUGACCUCAGCGAUAGCGGGGUCAAUGGGGCAGUGCAAACCACUGAAAGCCCAAAACCGCAAUCGCUGGAUGUGGUGGCGGCCAUGGUUUUGGAGUGCUUAAAGAAACUUAAUAGAUUUCCUGUCUUGGGUAAGACCUACGACCUAAAAAGCGCUUAUCGGCAAAUGUUUAUUUCGCCGGACAGUCUGGACAAGGCGUACAUAGCCUACUUCAGUGCCCGUGAAGGGAAGGUGCUGAUUAGGAAAAUGUUGGCAUUGCCCUUCGGGGCCACUCGCGCAGUUUUCUCUUACCUCAGGGUGGCGCACUCGAUGUGGUACAUCGGGUGCAAAGCACUGAAGCUGGUGUGGAGCCAUUUCUUCGACGAUUUUAUUUGUCUGGCAUCAGAGCAAGAAUCCAAGUCGGUGGAUCUGGCUGUCAUGACACUAUUCCGCCCUGUUAGGCAGGCAGCUGACGACGAUGCGCUUACACAGAAGGACUUGUCGCGCCUCAGGGGCCGCAUGCUUUUUGCGGGCGGACAACUUUUUGGCAGGGCAGGCCGCUUGUGUAUCUCCGCCUUGAAGUCUGAUGAUCAAAAGAAAGAGGCGGGCUUGGAUGAGGCAGCAAAAUCUGCCAUGCUCAAGUUCGCAGAUCUUCUCGAAGCAAGGUUGCCUCGAGUCAUCAAGAACUGUUCCCUGGAUCCCAUUUACAUCUUCACGGAUGCAUCUUACUCUCCAGACGGGGAUAAGAGUUACUGUGGAGUGGGAGGAGUCUGCCUGGACAGCACUGGGCGUCCGCUAGGCUUUUUCUCUGCCGAGCUGACCACUGCUCAGAAGUCCCUCUUGGGAGAAGGCUGUGAAGCAGAGUGGUACGAGCGGGUGAGGGAAGACAGCGGAGCCUCAGAGCAACGUGCAGAUAGUGUCCCGUAUGACAGACUCGAGGGCACCGUCGCCGGCCCCUCUGUCCUUCAGGUUGUGGCCCGUCCUAAUCAGCUCGAUGUCGAAAGCCGAGUGAUUGAGCGGACAGUUGCUAGCGAAGUGAGCCGUUCUGCUUUGCCGGCCCCGGCUCUCCCUUGGGAGAAGGGCGUCUUCAGAGCUAUCUUUGGUUCUGAGGACCCCUCAAAUCCUUUCGAUAACCUCAUCGUCAGAAUGCCGGGACCUUUACUGCCAGCCCACAGCCCUGCUGCCGCUGUAGAUGAGCCGAGACCUCCGCUUCCUACCCUGGACGUUGCAAGCCAGGCCUUCGGUUCUUUUCAGGAUGUGCACCCGUCACUCGAACGUGACCAGAUUAUGGACAAGGCCGUUUGCAAGCUGGUGCUCAUCGUUAGCCGUGUUGAAAAAAGUCGACUUUCAGCUGAGUUUUGCAAUGCCUUAGAAGGUGGAGCCCCUCAGGGACAGUUGCAGGAAACCAUAGCUGCGUGUGUUGGGCUGCGCAGUCCUCACACUGUGUUGAAGCGAGCCAAUGCGAUUCUGUCUUUCUUGAGGUGGGCUGACAAAGAGGAGACCUUGGCGCCCCUAUCAGAGGGCGUGGUUUGGGAUUUCUUCAGUUGGCUAAAGCGGGAGGAAGCUCCCCCGUCGCGUGCUGCAUCUCUUCUGUCGGCCCUCAGAUUUGUCAACUUCGUACUUGGUGUCAACAUGCAAGAUAUUUUAUGCAGCCGAAGGGUGUGUGGUUUGAGCGUUCAGCUGAGCAUCAAGAAGACACCUGCGUCGCGUGCAAGGCCGUUGACAGUGCUUGAGGUCAAGUACUUACAUACGGUCUUGGAGGAUCCAAAGGAGAGCGACUGGAACAGGGCCAUAUCAGGAUACCUGCUGUUGGCAUUGUACGCUAGAGCUCGUCACAGUGACUUGUUCCAGGUGGAGGAGAUUAUCCCCGACUUUGACUCUGAGGGCAGCGGUUACCUGGAGGUACGACUUAGGGUGCACAAGACGGCGCAAACCCUGGCCAAGCGGAACGACCUUCUUCCUGUUAUCGUCUCAGCCCGAAGUGUCAAAGAGGGAGAUUGGCUUGGUUUGGUUACUGCAGCCUUCGCAAGAGUUGGGUUAUCUCUCGAAGGCGUGGUCAGGGCUGGCGUCUUUAGACCUUGCAGGCCUGGGGGUCCUGAACCCGGGACCCGGAGCCUCAGAUCUUCCGAGUGCACAACCAUGCUCAAGCUUAUGUUGCAGCGUGGCGGCUCGGAUGUGAGCCUCGUCAGAUCGCAUUCGCUGAAGCGCACGAUUCUAGAUUGGGGGUCAAAGUUUUGUUUGGAUGACUCCAUCCUGGCGCUGCUUGGUAGGCACACCAGGUGCGUGAAGGGAAGUGUGCCAGUGUAUGCUCGUGAGGAAUCCUUGAGGACCGUCAAGGCAAUCGAGCCAAUGCUCAAAGCCAUAGCUGAUAGCUCGUUCAAGCCGGACGCAGCUAGGGCGAAUUACUUCCCAAAGAGCUCCUCACCGUCUGCAGGAGACCCCGCAGCCGUGGACAUCAUGGCCCCGGCAGCCAAGGUGGAAGUCAUUGAGGAUUCAGACGAGGAGCUUCGUGAGGGAGCUUCCGAGGCCGCGGCUAGUGAUAGCAGAGGCGGCACAAUGAUUGCAGUGUGUGGUAGAGCCUCGAUGAACCUCGUCAAGGCUAUUUGCCGGAAAGUGCAAACGCCAUUGUGGCGAGGGGCGAAGUGCCAUUCGAGCGAAGAGCUCACAGGUUGGGCCACUCUAGAAGGGCUCGGCCUCACCUCGAUAGGCAAAGCGGCCUACACUAUCACAUCGCCGGGUGAAGCUGUUACGGAGCCAGUCUUUAAAGACUGGAUAGCAGACAACGCAGCAAACCUCGCGCUGGGGGAUCAGGCUUGUUUGAAGCGCCUCAUAUUUGAAGCGCAAACCUUGGUGGUGGCGGAUUUGAGGGACCAAGUCUCAGGUAUCACUUUGGAUGGUGUGAAUCUCCCGAGCAACUCGUUGCUUGAUGCCUGCUGCCAGCAGGUCGAGGCAUCCAAGAUCGUCUUGAAGCAUGAUGGCGAGGAGGUGGAGUAUCAGCCCGUCAACGCCCUCCAAACGAUGGAG